ACUACAAACACCUUCGCUCAAAUGGCUGGCAGCGAUACAUUGUUUUGGGAUUCGGGAGGGAGAAUUGUAGUCAAAUUGAUACAUUAAGUUGGUAGUAGUCUGAUUUAAUCAUGAUGUAAUGCAGUUAAUUGGUCUGUGAAAUCGUGUAAAGGCCCCUUAGAAGCUAGCCCUUAAUGAGUCUGUUAGAUUACAUUUUUCAUAAAGUAAGGGUCAUUGGAAAAGGCGUCUUCUGUAAGGGGGUGUUUUGUAAGGAAGCGCAACGUUCGGUCUGAACAUUAACACGCAUUGUUUAAGAUUAGGUCUACGGGGUUCAUCCCUUGAGCCUCCUCUCCCCAGUCUGCUGUAUCUGAUUGUGUGACACUUCUGGUGGGUCCACGUGGGGGGGGGGGUGAUGUGUUCCAGUGGCGGUCCAGACAGCUCCGGCUAUGGGGGCAGCCGGUCCGGCUCCUCAUAUGCUCUGUGUGCCUUGGGGGUGGGGCUCAUAGCCCUGGGCAUCGUCAUGAUCGUGUGGACUGUGGUGCCCGGGGAUGCUCCCCAGACAACCAAGGCUCCGGGCAACUUCAGUGUUAUUGUACCAGUGGACCAUGCUGGGGAUGGAGAGAAGGACAGGGAAACAGCGAAGACCUCAUCAAUAGCCUAUGUGCUGGUGGGGGCGGGGGUGGCCAUGCUGCUGCUGUCCAUCUACCUGGGGGUGAGGAACAAGAGGAGGGGGAGCCAAAGAGGACAGGAGACACAGGUCCCCUUUGUGGACCAUGUGGCUGGGGAGGCAAGAGAGAUUGCAGGGGAGCCAGCACCAGCCUACGAUGUGCCCAGCUAUGAGGAGGCGGUCACCAGUGGCCAGUACCCCAUACGCCAGAGCAACUUACGCCACAGCACCUCCCAGCUGCCUUCAUACGAAGACCUCAUCAGUGCUGUGGAAAACGAGGGGGAGGGACCAAGAGCAGUUACUUCAGAGGAGGUUCCUCCCACCACUCCGGCCCUGGAUCCCCAGCCCACCCCCGCCACUGCAGCCAACCCCCCCACCCGCAGCAGCAGUCGGGCUAGACGGAUACUACGGCCGCUCAGGGUACGCAGAAUCAAGUCAGAGAAACUCCAUCUGAAGGACUUCCGUUUUAAGGUCCGCAACCCUACUGAUGUGAAGGUGACCAUUGAACCCAUCACGCCACCACCACAGUAUGACGACAAGAUGCCUGAGUUCUGACAGCGCCCUCGGGCUUGGGAGGACUACAAGCAUUGUUUUUCAAUGUUGAGUAAAACAACACUAUUGCUGGAUCAGAUGGACUAAUAAUAAUACCAUAUUUGGAAAGCAGAACCAUUAUACCAGAUGCUUUGUGAAUAUAGGCCCUGAACUCACAUACCAUCUCAGAGUAGGAGUGCUGAUCUAGGAUCUGUCCAUGCAAUCUUAUUCAUUAUGAACUGAAAGGCAAAUCCGAUCCUAGUUCAGAUCUCCCACUCUGAGACACUUUGUGGAUACACGGGCCUUGAGUCCAGAGGCCUGGCUGGGAGUCUUCUUCCUUCACACUGAGACCAAGACACUGACAUUGUUGCUUUGAAUCAAGAUGUUUCUCUGCUCUAUCUUGACUUGUUUAUUGAAAUCUGCUUAAUGGCAUAUUUAUUCCAGGGCUUCUUUAUGUGCACUAUGCUAUCUGUUUAGAACACUGUGGCUGUGUUUGGAAGAUAAUUCCCUAUCUUGUUCUUAUCUUGUGCACAAAUACAUCUUGACAUCCAGAAAAUGUCCUUAACCUUUUCAGAUGGAAUGCAUAAAAUUGUGUCAUAACAGUGCCUUGGUAAUUGUAUUGUAUCAGCAGAUGUGCCUAUUAGGAAACGAUCCAUGUCAUCAGUUUGUCCCACACUGUGAUUGCUCAUGGACUACUGGAAACAAAUGCCCUAUGGAAAUGGUAGUUUCAUGUCUGUCUAUACAAAGAAUGGCACAACUUUUGAGAAUGUGUUUUUAUAGUACUACUAUGUAGAGGACAUGCUGAAGCCAAGGAAUAAUUAAAUACCUUUAUGUUGACUGGC